CUGGAUCAUACAUCUCGAACAUAACAAAUGGUAGACGAUUAAUCAGGAAACAAGCAGUGGAUACAACGUCAGUUCAGAAUUGCUUAGAAACUUGUGUCUGAAACAAGAAAACUCGAGCAAUCUCAAAACCACAGACUGACAGGAGCAUUGGAGAGAAAAAACCUAGAGUUGGUUGUGAUGAAGGGCCUUCUGUGACAGAAUUUGGCUACAAUUUUAAGAGGCAAGAAUUUGAGAUUGAGUACGAAAAUGAUGCAGAGCAAUUAUUGGCGGACAUGGAAUUCAAGAACAGUGACACUGAUGCAGAGCGUGAGUUGAAACUGCGGGUAUUACGAAUAUACUCGAAAAGGCUUGAUGAGAGAAAACGCAGGAAAGAUUUCAUACUGGAAAGGAAUUUACUUUAUCCUGACCCUUUUGAGAAGAAUCUCUCACCUGAAGAGAAGCAAAUAUAUCAGCGCUACAAGGUUUUCAUGCGGUUUCAUUCGAAAGAAGAGCAUGAGGAACUGCUUAAGAGUGUUAUUGAGGAACAUCGAAUUGUCAAAAAAAUCCAGGUUCUUCAGGAAGCUCGAGCCGCUGGUUGUAGAACAGUUGCUGAGGCAAAUAGAUUUAUUGAGGAGAAGAGGAAGAAGGAUGACGAAGAAAGUGCCCAUAGGUUAAAAGAAGGCAUCCAGAUUAGUCAAAGUGGUAAAGUCUUACAAAGGACAAAUAAUCUCAAGGGUGAAGUUGAUGGCAGUCCUCGGGGAGCGGCAAAGGGUUUACAGCCUUUUGGGAAGGACUCGUCUUCCACUACCACAGGACAAGCUAUCUCAAUCUCCUUGGAUGAUUGGGAUAUCAAUGCCUUCCUUGGGGCUGAUUUACUGUCUGAUACUGAAAAGAGGCUCUGCUGUGAAAUCAGGGUACUUCCCUCGCACUAUCUAAACAUGUUGCAGACCAUAUCAAUGGAGAUUAUGAAGGGAAAUAUCACCAAGAAAUCAGACGCAUAUAACUUGUUCAAGGUAGAACCAAGCAAAGUGGAUAGAAUUUAUGACAUGCUGGUUAAAAAGGGGAUUGCUCAGGCAUAAUUAAUUAACCACAUAUCUCCACCAUAUAUGUAUGUCGACUUGUACAGUUUCUAUUUUUAUUUGGGCCCUAAUGCUGAUACCAGAUAGAGUUAUAUUAAUAUGAGUGUAGUUGUCAUCUUGUAAUUAGUGAACAAUAAGAUACAAAGAGCAGUUUGUGCAAAUCUUCUUCAUGUCUAAAUGCCCUUUACGGCA